AUGGACACCGUCUAUGGGACAAAGAAGUACUUCCAGAGUUUAUCCGGCGUGAGUGAUAUAUACAGGGCGCAGACAUGUCGGCAAAUGAGCGCGGAUUAUACAUACCAGAACACAGUUGGCCGGAGGUCCCAGCUGGGGGCUUACUACCACAUGAACAAGCAGCCCUCGUACACCAAUGAGCACAGUCUGAACAGUCAGUAUGGCUACAAUACGUGGGGCAUCUGGCGGGAUGGCAGGAACAUCGCCCCAUCCACCUUCUCGGCCAAGACGCACACGCAGUACCCCAAGAAUCGAUCAUUCAGCAUUAUCCUUACAACGGCUGCAUUUAUCGUCCUGCUGGCCGUCAUCUCCAUCGCAGGACUGGCAUUCUACUUCAGCUCCAUAAAAACCAAUCUGGAGGAUCCUGUCAUGGGCUUUGAGGGUUCCUUCCGCAUCGCCAAAGGGGAUCUUUUCUCCACUGGCUUAAAGUACAACCACACUACCACCUACAAACAGAAGAUCGAUUUCUAUAAGAGAUUUGUGGAGCGUUCCAUGAUGGACAAUGGAUUGCAGCCACUGCGCACCGAUGUCUGGGGCUUUGGAGAGGGUCCACUGAUCAAGGUCUCAUUCCGCGUGUUCCUCGAUGUCCGUAAACUGCCGCAAAACAUCCUGAGUGUCGAGGAGUACAUUAAGGAGUCUCUGUUCCUGGAAACUUCUGCUGCCAAAUCGUUAUAUCGUUCACUGCGUUUGGACACGGAGUCGGUGGAGAUCAAGCGCAUAAUGGACGAGCAGGUGGUGCGAUCUGCAGCGAUAUUAAAGGAAGCCCAAACGGUGCCCACUAGUCAAACACAACUGGAAAAGCGUCUCAUGAAAAAGGGUAGCACACCGGCAACAGCUCCAGUUCACCCAAAACCGAAUCCAAAUACCACGCCCAAGCCGAAGAAUCCCCUGCUGCGCAGUCAUUCCGCUGACGAAGAGCCCGAUAUCGAUGUGGAGAAUGCACCAGUUAUUCAAGGGUCUUUCGAGGGUUCAUUCGAGAUCACCAAGACGGAUGCGGACAUAGCCCGGAAGAAGACCCCGCCCACUCGCGCCUACCAGGCCGCCAGCAGCACCUUGCCACCCAAGGCCAUUGCGGUUACGCCAUUUUCCUUGAGGGUGAAGCCCAAGAAGCCGAGCAUCGAGAAGCUAACGACGGUGCUGCCACAACAGGUCCCCACCGGAGGUCCUACUAGCUCCACCAGAGCAACCACCAAGGCCACCAAGGCAACUACCACCACGACGAAGAGAACUACAACUUCCACCACGCGGAAAACCACAACAACGACCACUCCUAAGCCAACAACUACUACCACAACCACGGAGCCCACUACAACUACCACUACCUCAACGACAACAACAACACCACCACCACCACCACCUCCAAGCACCACUAGAGCCACCACCCCAAGCACCACCACCACCUUUACCUACCCCUCCGUGAGCACACCUCCUCCGAAUCAAGGCGGAUCCCUGCCCAAAUUGGAUGCCAAUCUGUUCACCACCUUCCCCAUUUUGGACACUCAACCGUGGCGACCAAUGCAUCGAGAGGUUCCAGAGCUGCUGCCCGGUCCACCGCCUGCUUUUCCCACCAAAACUCUACCCGGGGGAACCACACCCACAGUGAACCACAUACCACAGAGGAGAAUCGACGAAUUUGAACUGCCCUUCAUUGGAGACAAUCCCACUCCACCGACAGCUGCUGUGGCUCCAGUAACCGUGGAUCCCUAUAGUUUGGGUUUCCUCAAUCCGGGACUGCGAGUGCAAGAGCCUAAACCAAAUCUCGGACCGCUGCCACAGGACGAGGACUUGCUUUUCUACCACAAUUUUGGUAGUCCGAUCUUCAUGCCGGGCACCGAGAACAUAGAACGCUUGGGAGGCGCUCUGGUGGAACCACAUCCCUUGCCUGUACCUCUUAUAGAUGAUGUUAUUAUACCACCAUUCAAGCCCAUUGAUGCUACAAUAGGAGCGGCUGACAAGAUGCCCUUCAAUCUGGACGCCAGCAACGAGAGAUUCGAACAUUUGGGUGGAGGAGUUAUAGCAAAGAAGCCCCAGGAAAAGCUGGACAAGAAGGAACAAUCUUCAAAGAAAGACCAGUUGGAAGGAAGUUUGACCGUUAAGGAAGCGAAUCAGACGGUGCUGGAAAAGAAGAAAGUCAAUGCGAGUAAGGAACAGAAGCCAGAGCAGCCGGAGAUAACCACUAAAGUGGAAAAGAAACAGGAGAAAGUGGAGGCUACCACAUUACCCACAAAGGUACCAGCUAAUAGCCCACCCAAGCCAACGAAAUCUCCAUCUUUACCGUCCCUGAAACCUACGGAUAACUCUGUGUUGGCCGACACUAUUGGAGAAUUCUUUAUGGAGCUGCUGAAUCUGCCGAAGGAGGAUAACGCGACUGCGACUAAAAAACCAACACAGGAUGCGAUAGAAUCUCGGAUAGAACCUGAGGAAGAAGAAACCCUGGAUACUGUGCAGACCCCCAGUGUGAGCCACUCCAAGCCGAACUUUAUGAACCUCAAGGAGAUCAUCCUGCAGAGGAAUACCCCCUCAUCGAUUCUCUCCAACGAAACUUUGGAGGAAUCCACAACGAUUACGCUUACCACAACAACGAUGCCGACCACAACAACCAGCACCACCACGGAGGAGCCCAGAACCACGAAAAGGAAUCGCAUUCGAACCACCAGUGAACGACCCACAAUGAUGGAUGACUCAAACCUAUUUCCGUCCCACUCGAAAUGGGAGUUUGUCAACAGUUCGUCGACCCAAGGAUUUGGACACAACUCGAAUAUGAGGAAGGUCUUCAAUCAGACCCUGCAGGCUUGGGUAUCGGAGGACAUUGACAAGUCGGAGAACUUGACGUUGGACGAUAUCAAGACAAAGAUCAACAAUGCUAGUAACAUUCAGGAUAUCUCCCUGAUCUUUGAUACGUUGGCCUCCAAGCUGGGCAUCACUCCCAGUGUACCCAAUAAGUUUCCUCCCUUUUCGCAAAACAAACUGAAGCAAGCUCCAAAGGAAGAAGUCACAAGAAGACCAAUGCCCAGCUCCACUACCACGGAAUUACCAAUACUGAUCCCGGAAUCUAUUCUGCCCGUCGAAAGAGAGCCCUUUAUCAAGCCCAUGUCUAGUUUUAUAGAUGAUGGUUCCUCGGAAGUGCUGGGAGCGGCUAUUCCCGUGAUUGGCGAGGCGGAAGUUGAGGUAGUGGACCCACUGAACUAUGAGGAGAUGCUCAAGAUCUCACAGUUCGCUGCCAGCAGUACGGAACCCAGUGCCCAUAAGCUGGUGACACUUCUUCCGGUGAGAUCAAACUCCGGAAUUCGAACCUACAGACCACCAGCCGCGGAUGAAGAGACGCAGCGGAGUGCCAGUGCUCCGGCUGCCUUGGCUGCACCUUUAGCUGCUCCUUCACCCGGAAAGAUUAGCAUACGGCGCAAGAGCAACCUCAACCAGAGCCGGAGAUUCGGACAACCACCUGCAGAGGCGGUGGUCAAGGGCGGCAUCCAUGUGACGGUCAAGAAGUGA